GGGGGGGUGAGGGAUUAGCCUGCCCAAGAUCGACCGGCUGGGAGAGGUCCUCCGCCAGCCGCCAAGCCGGGGUGAGCGAACCCUCCUCUCGCCGGAUUUCACCAUGGAACCCAAAAGUCCGAAGAAGCUGCAGUUCUCCACGCCAGCCGUGCACGACCACCUGGACCCAGACUCUGCUGAGCAGAUUCGAAGGAGACGGCCGACGCCUGCGAAUCUUGUUCUGACAAAUGCCCAGACGUCAGCAGAAGAGAAUAGAAACCAGGAACCGCAGACGGUGCUGGAGGUACACACCGCUCCAACUCCAUCGCCAAAGCAGAGGAAGCAAAGUGUUUACACACCUCCUAUCGUUACAGAGCUGCAGUGCCUCCUGGACUGGCACCUGGACACCGGGGUCGGAAAAACCACCGAGCCCCUUCCUGUCGAUCCCUUCCCACCAUCUCCUUCUGGUGGAGUGGAGAGAUUGACGCUGGCCAAGCCCCCGCCGGGCAGGGCCAAGUGCUGCUGCAGGCCUAGUGGGGACGUGCGUGACAACGGGGCGGCCAGUGCCGCGAAACAGCCUGCCCGAGCAGACGGCUUGACAAGGAAACACAAGGGCGUGGCUGAGAAGAAGGAGCACAAUUGGCCAGAUCCGGCCAGGCCAGAUGGCGAGGGCAGCACUAAUGGCACAGGCUGCAGUGCGGUGGGCCAGAGGGAUUGUGCAGCCUCGCUCAGAGACUCCCAGCCAAGUGUCGCCAAAACGGUGGAGCCUGAACUCCAAAAACCUCGACGCAAGGACACGCCCGUGCAUCGCAUCAUCCCCCAUGUGCCAGGCGUCAAGCUGCUGAAGAGCAACAACAACGUGACGUUCGUGGAAGAGGACAGCGAUUAGGCAAACCAGAAUGUGCCACAAUAUGCAAGGCCGAGGGAGAGAAGAGCACCUUGUUUAAAAAAGGGUGCGUGGUAUUUAGUUUGUAGCCUUCUGAUUCUACAGUUGUGUUCAUCGCAAGGAAUUUAAUUAGGACACAUUCAGGAAAUACAUGCCGAAUACAUUCAGCAUUUUUCGAAUUUACAGCACUCUAGUUGCCAUAAUGAAGUCAUCUUGUGUGAACAUGCGAAUGUGUAAUUCCAAAGUCUGUACGUGCUUUACAAAUUUAAAUCGGAGUGCCUGUAUGUCUUCCUAGGUAACCAAACUGUGCAUUAACAUAUUCCAAACAUGUUUUAUAAUUAGUUUAAUAUUGUUUUGGUCAGCUUUAAAUUAGUUCAAAGAUAGUACAUCCAGCCAGGGAAAAGAUCAAACUUCUGUUUGCGUUGUAGUGAUGGACUAUGUAAUGAUGCUUUGAGCUUCUUUUAUUUUUAUUAAACAGCCUUUGUAUGGGUAGUAUAUCAGCAGUAAAUUAUACAUAUAUCUUAAUUAAUGUCUUAGUCAAUCCACUACUGGAUGAAGGCCUCCUCAAGUUGUGUCGGUCAUGGGGGCUGUUUUGCUAUACUUCAUGUUGAUGAGUGCAGGUUGGUGGAGGUGGGUAAAGGGGGGGAUAGGGUAGGUUCAAAUAUCACUCGACACCGAUGUUAGUGGUUGCCCGUAAUCAAACUCAGGUCGCUGGGUUUAUAGCGCAAUGCGUGAACUGCUUCUCCACUGCUCCACACUACAACAGCAUUUGGCACCCAGGACCCAUUCCCAUCUGUGAGCUCCUCCGGCAGGCAAGGCUGCGUUGACUGGGUCACAUAGCCCAUAUGUCAAGCCACCGCAUGCCCAAGUAACUUCUGUUUGGCCGGAUAGACGGAGGUAAAUGGGCACGACACAGGCUGGAGAAGAGAAGGACUGAUGCGGUGCAGGAGGAUGUGGAGCUGAGUGGAAUUGCCAAAGACUGGUGCCAGCGGUGUCAAGAUCGCCUCUAUGUAGGAGGCUCGUGAAGUAUGAUUCUAAUCAGUUGGAGGCAGUCGCCCUCCAACAACCAACGGAGGGCAGAGGAGCGAUGUUCAACAACGAGCCUAGCGCCAUGUGGCUAAUAUGCAACAAGUUGGCACAGUCGGGGGCAUCGCUGGUGCAUCUGCCAGUCAUCUCAGUCGGUCAACCCAUGGCACCUGGGUCAGUCCCAUGACUUCCUGUCAGCGAGCCUUCGACACUUCACGUGGCCUCAAAGUGCACCUGGGCUGGCACAGGCGCUGUGGUGACCUCAGUCACUUAGUGGCGAAUGGCAGGUGUUGCUGUUUUUUGCUUACAUUUUCCUUGUAAAAUUGAAGUGUGUUCGUUUUGGGAAUUUUUCUUCAGGGAUACGAGUAUUUGGAAGUGGCGCUAUAAUUAUUCAAUGCAUCCAGUGUAAUAAUUCAUGGUGGAUUGGAGCUGUAAGUGGAGUAGUCAUUCCGGGUUGAGCUUUCAUGCUUGAACGGAAUAUAAAUUGCCGCACUUUCUAAAGUAAAAGCAAAAGUUACAAUAAAAAUUCAUUUUGGUUUUUACAAUAGAUGACGAUGUGAGGAGUGCGAGGGUGUGGUAUUUCAGCGUCUACUAAUGCAUUAAUAAUCAAGUUGAUUGCCAUGGUAAUGUAAUGGUUGAGUAAGAUAAUGUGCUACUUGUAUUGGUUUUAUUAUUAUUAAAAUGUGUGGUGUCAAAACUCAUGUGAUUUAUUAUCACCGGUGAA